AUGGAAAAUUUUACGAGAAAUCAAUCAUUUUACACUACGUCCACGACUUCCGUUGUUUGGUUUUCCGAGGAAUAUAACAAAUCCAUUCCCAUGGCUUGCUUGUAUGCGGUAAUUUCUUUCAUUGCGGUAUUCGGAAAUCUUCUGGUUAUUACAGCUGUUUGUCGGGAUCACACGUUACGCUCGUACACCAGUAAUUACUUCUUAGCAAACCUGGCGGUGGCGGACUUUUUCCAGGGAUUGAUUGCGAUUCCCUUGCGAAUACUGGAAGUGAUGGCGGUAGGCUACAACCCGCACGUAUUUUGUAGAAUUGCAAUUGCCACAGCAAUAUUGUUUGGCAGCAGCUCAAACUUGGCUAUCCUGGUUAUAAGCAUUGACAGAUUUUUUGCUGUGCAAUAUCCAUAUACAUAUGUUAGAUACUCAAACAUAAAAUGCACAUACAUAGCGAUCGCUUGUUCGUGGUCGGUGGCUGGGUUGUUGAGCAUCAUGGCUGCUACACCCCUGGUGUGGCUUAUACCAGUUGUUUCACCAAGAGUCUGCCGCUUUCCCAUUUACUUAAAUCAAGAUUACAUAUUUGGAAUGUACGUUGUUGUUCACGCUAUUCCAAUUGGUACAGUUGUACUUUUAUACGGGUUUAUUCUCAAAGCCAGCUUGCGGCACGUGCGCAGAAUUCACGUGCAAGAACUUGCUGUUCUCGAAAGUAAUGCACAGUACACGAACGGUCAUCGUAGCAACAUUAAAGAAAUGUCUUCCGGUACAAUCAGAAGAAAAAAGAGACAUUGUGAGACCAUCAAACAGAGGAAAGCAGCCAAGACUGUCUCUAUAAUAGUUGGCCUUUUUAUUCUUCUUGUAGUUCCGAUCAUUGCUAUCGACUUGGCUGAGAUGUUGGGUGCACCAUCAGCACCUGAAAUGUUGACAAGAUUCUGUGUUUUUAUGAUAUAUGCUAAUAACUGUGUCAACGUUCUAGUAUAUGCCGGAUUUAAUCAGGACUUUAGGCGAGCUUUUAAGAAGAUACUUGUUCAGUGUUUUCGAUGCAUUUUUGGAGAAAGACCAUGCAGACCUAUUGUUUCGGUCAUGAUGUGAACAUUUCCAAAUAGCAAAUGUUAGCAAUAGUGAACUUCAAGUUUCAGAGUGUGAAGGAUUUUUGCGUCAGAGUAGAUAGCUAAAAUCGUUUCCAAAUGUUUCUUGUGGAUAUAGCCCAGUGAUUGCACACGUUAAGUUAAGGGCAUUGGCCAAACACAAAUGACAUGUUUACUUUUUAAAACAGCAGCAGGUGUUCAUGACUUCAGGGAGACUACACAUUGAAAAAUCGAUUCUUUAGUUAUAAACGCACUGUUGUCUAUUUGAACUUAUCCAAGAAGAAAAAAACAUAUUCAAUAAAAUCAACAUGGCGUUAAACGA